UUUCACGACUUGGUGGCCAUAGUAUGAUGGCGAGUAAAGAGAAGAUCAGAGUUGACGGAAUAGUUCUGCCGGGUUUUAAACCACUUCUACAAGAUGCCAAUCAACGCCUCAGAGACAUUGAAAACUUACCUAUGAGGAAAGAUGAUGUUCUGAUCAGUUCCUAUCCCAAGUCAGGAAACCAUUGGCUGAAUGAAAUCGUCCCUCGUCUUUUGCAAGGAACAGUUGAAUCUUCCCAUAGGUUGAUAUACACUUUUCUGGAGUUCGUGCCCGAUCUACAGGAUCUAAAAUCAGUGCCCUCUCCUAGAGUCGUGACGUCACAUCUUCCAUAUCGAUUUCUGCCCAAAGAACACACACAAAACAACGGUAAAAUUAUCCAUAUUAUCCGGAACCCCAAAGACGUUGCCGUGUCCGCUUUUCAUCAUUACAUCACAGACCCAAACACUAAGAACUAUGUGCCCGCUGACUGGUCUGUGUUUUUGGAUGAGUUCUUGCAUGGAGAAUAUUUUUAUGGAAGCUGGUUCGAAAGAGAAAAAGAGUGGGAAGAGGCAGCACUGCAACAACCAGAGAAUAUUUUAGUUCUUUACUAUGAAGAUCUGAAAAGGAAUGGCCUAGAAACGUUGACUCGCAUCUCUAGUUUUCUUGGACUGUCAUCCGAUCCUACUUUCCUACAAGCUGUUUAUGAUGAAUGUUCCUUUGACGAAGUGCAGAAGCGGAGGAAGGGCACGGAUGAUGAAUUUAUUUUCAGAAAAGGUUCAGUGGGUGAUUGGAAAUCACUUUUUACUGUCGAUCAAAGAGAGAAAUUUGAUCUCAUAUUCGAGGAAAACAUGAAAGAUUCUAAGUUAAAAAUACAGUACAGUGGGUGAUUGGAAAUAACUUUUUAAUGUCGAUCAAAGAGAGAAAUUUGAUCUCAAAUUCGAAGAGAACAUGAAAGAUUCUAAGUUAAAAAUACAGUUAAGUUAAUUUUUUUAGAAAAUAUAAGUAUUAUCAAUAUUAUAUUCCAGAGUGGAUGAACUGUCAUACGAAUUUUUGAAAAAUGAUUGAUUGAUUGAUUGAUUGCAUGUUGUUUAAAGUCCCUCUCGAGAAUUUUUCACUCAUAUGGAGACGCCACCACUUGCCGGUGGAGAGCUGCAAAUUUUGUCCUAUAUUCGGCACUUACGGCCAUUGAGAAUUGAGGGAUCUUUUCCGUGCCAGCACCUACUGCGACACGAGACCUCAGUUUAUACGGUCUCAUCCGAAGGACCGGUCUCCACGUCCCACAGUGGGAUUCGAACCCGCGACGUAAGGAUUAACUCCUUACUUCGCAACUCUAGAGCAGACGCUCUAACCACUGCGCCACGCGAGCGACUUUGAAAAAUGAAAACAUCGUCAAAAACAUUGCAUAAAAUGUUUGAUUUCUGCUUUGAUGCUGGAAUUGUACCAUAUACUUGGUGUAAAGCUAGUAUAUGCCCAAUUAUAAUUCUUUCAAAUCAGGGUGGAAGCAGUGUGGCAACGCAAUUUGAAAAAAUUACGCACUUUGAAUUUUUUUUUCAAAGAGCGUUAAAAUUGGGACAAAAUCAAUGCACUUUGAAAAAAAUUUUCAAAGUGUGUUAAAUUUGGGAAAAAAUCAACGCACUUCAAUUUUUUUUUCAAAGUGCGUUAAGAGUGUACAUCAACAAUUUUUACCAUGGAGACACCUA